UCCAGUUUAGACUUUAGAGGAGUGCUAGGGUUUGUGGCCAUUCGAAGGUAAAAGUCGGUCGUUGAGCACAUCGCGCCUCCGCUACCAGCGCCACACUCCGUCACCAUGGGUCGUAUGCAUAGUCGCGGUAAGGGUAUUUCUGCAUCGGCUCUCCCUUACAAGAGAACUCCUCCAAGCUGGCUGAAGAUCUCCUCCCAGGAUGUUGAAGAUAACAUCUGCAAGUUUGCAAAGAGGGGAAUGACACCGUCUCAGAUCGGUGUGAUUCUUCGUGACUCUCAUGGUAUAGCGCAGGUUAAGAGUGUCACUGGCAGCAAGAUCUUGCGUAUCCUCAAGGCUCACGGGCUUGCACCUGAGAUUCCGGAGGAUCUGUACCAUCUGAUCAAGAAGGCCGUCGCAAUCAGGAAGCAUUUGGAGAGGAACAGGAAGGACAAGGAUUCCAAGUUCAGAUUGAUUCUGGUGGAGAGCAGGAUUCACCGUCUCGCUCGUUACUACAAGAAGACCAAGAAGCUCCCUCCCAACUGGAAAUAUGAAUCUACUACUGCCAGCACCCUUGUGGCCUAGGCUCAAGGAGAUGACUUGGAUCUUUUGGGUAGCAGAUAUUCAUAAGCUGUCUAAGGAGUGCCGUGUUAUCUUCCAUUAGCUUGGGAAAACUUCUUUGUUAAGCCAAAUUUUGUGAUAUGAUUGACAGUGGAUUACAGUUCAGGAUGAUGCUUUUGAUGUUCUUCUAGAUAGAUUUAACUAAAUACCUGCAGCCGGGAACUUUAUUUCCUGUUCAUUUUCAUUCAUGAUUUACUUUUGCUUGUGAUGUUUAAUGCAAACAAGUCUUCUUUCCGUGGAUGAUGCUACAAGUUGAAGUGAAAAGCA